AUGGCCAUAAAAUUGCUCGCUCUCGCUUCCCUUUUCCCCCUCCAUAUUUGGGCUUCGCCAGCGGGGGACUCAAGACCUCAUGGGGAGUGCAAACAGCUCAAUGUCUCUGUCACCGCUUCGUCGCAUGGAUACAAGUUUGAUAUUCCCAGAGUCGACAACGACAUCGACGCCACAGCCUGGGCCCUCAAUUUCGAUACCUGGAGCAACAAGCCGAUGCCCGAGCCGGUCCUUCAAAACACAACCAUUUCCGGCACUUAUAACAUCCAUGCCCAAAUCUGUACUCCUAAAUCCGGCGGAGACGUCCUUCAAAUCGCAACGCACGGUGCGUACUACGAUGGGAGAUACUGGGAUGCGAAGCUCGAAGGGCAUUCAUAUGUCAAUGCCGCUCUAGAAGCCGGAUACUCAAUCCUCACCUACGACCGGCUGGGGACAGGUCUGUCCGAUCACCCCGACGCUUACACCGUGGUCCAAGCACAGUACGAACUCGAGAUCCUCCGAGAAUUGACCAUGAUGGCACGGAGCGGUGCAUUCGGUGUGCAGCCUAAGAAAAUCGUGCAUGUCGGGCACAGCUUCGGGUCGAUCGUCAGCACGGCCUUCAUCGCCACGUACCCAGACUUGAGCGAUGGUGCCAUUAUCACCGGCUACGUGCUCAACAAGUACUUGGGCGCAGUUGGCAGGUCGUCUUGGAGCGUACAGCACUCCGCCGGCUGGCCCAGUGGCUAUGUGACCAUGCAAAAGAGCGGCAUCCACUCGACCUUCUUCGGCGGCGGCUUUACUUCAGAUCUACUCGACUACGGCGAUGCGAUCAAAUCGCCUACCGCUGUUGCCGAAAUCACUUCUGGCGGUUUCCUUGUCAUGGCUUCGGGUCCUUUCAAGGGUCCGAUACACUAUAUCCUGCCCGAGCUGGAUUUCUUCAUUUGUGCCGGUGACUGCAAGAAUGUCACCAGCCUCGAGGCACUCCAGCACACGUUUCCCAAUGCGAGUGCCAUCCAGCUCGAUAUCCAGCCCAACACUGGCCAUGCUUUGCCGCUCCACAAAAAUGCCACGGCUGGGUUUCAGGUUUCAUUUGAUUUCUUGAACAAGCACGGCUUGUAG